GAGAUAUCUACACGUUAUCUCUUCCCGUCUUCGUUGGAAAGGAAAAGGGAAGAAAGGUAGGGUUUGGUUCGUCUCGCUUCGGAUCGAUUGCUUUGCUCUGCCUUCCGCUUCGAUCUGUUGUUCGUGGAGAGGUUGCGAUGGAGACGGUUCGAAGAGCAAUUCAUGCUGGAUCCUGGUACACCAACAACGCCAAGAAACUGGAUGAGGAACUUGACCGGUGGCUCCAAGCAGCAGGCCUGGUUAAAUCACCAAAUGUUAGAGGCGUGAUUGCUCCGCAUGCUGGCUACUCAUAUUCAGGCCGCUGUGCAGCUUUUGCAUUUGCUAACAUCGAUCCUGCAAGCAUAGAACGAGUGUUUCUACUUGGUCCAUCUCAUCACUAUUAUACUCCAAAAUGUGCCCUUACAAGAGCCACCAUUUAUAGUACUCCUUUGGGGGAUCUUCCAGUUGAUUUAGAAGUCAAUGACGAGCUCAGGGCAACAGGGAAGUUUGAACUUAUGGAUCUUCAUGUAGAUGAAGCAGAACAUAGCAUGGAGAUGCAUUUGCCUUAUCUUGUCAAAGUGUUCCAUGGUUAUCCUGUGAAAGUUGUGCCCAUUAUGGUUGGUGCUCUUAACUUGGAGAAUGAAGCCAUGUAUGGCCAACUGCUUGCUAAGUAUGUGGAUAAUCCCAAGAAUUUCUUCUCUAUAUCAUCGGACUUCUGUCACUGGGGCUCUAGGUUCAGUUAUACACACUAUGACAAGAAGCAUGGACCCAUCUACAAGUCCAUAGAGGCCUUGGACCACAUGGGCAUGGAUAUCAUAGAGACCGGAGAUGCCGAUGCAUUCAAGCGCUACUUGCGUGAGUAUGACAACACGAUCUGUGGACGCCAUCCCAUCAGUGUCUUCCUCCAUAUGUUAAAGAACUGCUCGACAAAGAUCAAAAUUGGUUUCUUGCAAUACGAGCAAUCAAGUCAGUGCAAGAGUAUGCGAGACAGCAGCGUCAGCUAUGCGUCUGCUGCAGCAACGGCAGAAAGUUGAUGUACUUGGAGAAUCGCUCACCAUUAUUAUCUUUUCCCCAUUUAAACUAUGGCACAUUUCCAUGAAACAGCAUAAAACAUCACUGCUUCGCCUUGAAGCACAUGAACUCAAUAGUAUGUUUCUGUUUAUACCGUCAUGUAAGUGACAGCACAUUGGAUCCUCACUAAAUAGGCCGAAUCGUCCUUGUUUUCUGUCGA